CGCGCAGUCUCUCGGUAGAGGACGUUGGAGUCACAGACGGGGAGCGCGCGCACGCAGACACGCACUUCACCGCUAAAAGAACCCAAAAAGCGAAGAACCAUGUUCUCCAGAAUCGCCAGACCCGCGGGCAGCCUCGCCAGGUGCCUGUCCACCUCGGCACAGAAUAAUGCGAAGGUAGCAGUUUUGGGGGCGUCCGGUGGGAUUGGUCAGCCGCUCUCUCUCCUCCUGAAGAACAGCCCGCUGGUCAGUGAGCUCUCACUGUACGAUAUCGCCCACACGCCCGGCGUCGCUGCCGACCUCAGCCACAUCGAGACCAGAGCCAAGGUCACAGGUUUUAUUGGUCCCGACCAGCUGGACGCUGCGCUGAAAGGCUGUGAGGUCGUCGUCAUUCCUGCUGGUGUCCCAAGGAAACCUGGGAUGACCCGUGAUGACCUGUUCAACACCAACGCCACCAUCGUGGCCAUUCUGUCCGACGCCUGCGCGCGAGCCUGCCCUGAGGCCAUGAUCUGCAUCAUCGCUAACCCUGUGAACUCUACCGUCCCCAUCACGUCUGAAGUGAUGAAGAAGCGCGGCGUCUACAACCCCAACAGAGUGUUCGGAGUGACCACGCUGGACAUCGUCAGGGCCAACACGUUCGUCGCUGAGCUGAAGGGUCUCGACCCCGCCCGGGUGAACGUGCCGGUUGUCGGAGGUCACGCUGGAAAGACGAUCAUCCCUCUGAUUUCACAGUGCACUCCUAAAGUGGACUUUCCUGCAGACCAGCUGUCCGCUCUGACUGGCAGGAUUCAGGAGGCAGGGACGGAGGUGGUGAAGGCCAAGGCUGGAGCGGGAUCGGCGACGCUGUCGAUGGCCUACGCCGGAGCUCGGUUCACCUUCUCUCUCCUCGACGCCAUGAACGGAAAGGAGGGCGUAGUGGAGUGUGCCUUCGUCAGAUCGGAAGAGACGGAGUGUAAAUAUUUCUCCACGCCGCUUCUGCUCGGGAAAAACGGCAUUGAGAAGAACCUGGGCCUGGGGAAGCUCUCGGCCUUCGAGGAGAAGCUGGUGGCCGAUGCGAUGGCUGAGCUGAAGGGCUCCAUCAAGAAAGGAGAGGAUUUUGUGGUGAACAUGAAGCUGUGAGCUCUUACUGUACAGAGUCCUUAUUUAUGUAGCUGUGACGCUGAACCAGCUGGAGGUUCUCCCUGAAACCGACUUCAUCUGCUCUCCAGACCGAUCAGAUCUAUCAGAACUCACUAUCAAUAAACAGUCUGCUUUCCCUAAUCAA